CUACGCUAUCGCCAAUUGCUGAGGCGCUAGAUAGAUCGCUAUCUCAUCACCAUGUCUCUUGCCGCAUCCUAUGUCACUCAUCAUUACUUUACCUAUCCUAUUCCUAUGUUUACCUACAACGAUAAUAUACCUGGUAAAUCAAGAUGGCAGACGAACAGAAACCAACGCCGGAGAACAUGACCAUGUUACAAGGCUUCGAGUGGUACGUGCCCGCCGACCAAAAACACUGGACUCGACUGGAGAAACAUGUCCCUCAACUCAAGGCUUGGGGCGUCGACAACAUCUGGAUCCCCCCAGCAUGCAAAGCCUCGUCCAACCAAGGCAACGGCUACGACAUCUACGACCUCUACGACCUAGGCGAGUUCGACCAGAAAGGCUCCGUGGCCACAAAAUGGGGCACCAAAGCCUCUCUCCUGCAGCUCUGCCGCACGGCGCAAAAGCACGGGGUAGGGCUGUACUUCGACGCGGUGCUGAACCACAAAUUCGCCGCGGACCGUAAAGAGAAAUGUCUCGCCGUAGAAGUCGACCCGAACGACCGCAACAAGGAAACCAGCGACAAGUACGAGAUCGAAGCCUGGGUCGGCUUCGACUUCCCGGGGCGGGGGGAAAGGUAUAGCGGGAUGAAGUACCAUUGGUACCAUUUCAGCGGGGUGGAUUACAAUGCGCGGAACGAGAAGACGGCGAUCUAUAAGAUCAUGGGGGAUAAGUCGCAGGGGUGGGCUGAGGACGGCGACGUCGAUGGCGAGAAGGGAAAUUACGAUUUCCUCAUGGGCUCCGACCUCGACUACGCGCACCCGGAAGUCUCGUCCGACGUGCUCGCAUGGGGGUCAUGGCUCGCGGAACAGUUGCCCCUCUCAGGGAUCCGGUUCGACGCGAUAAAGCACUACAGCGAGGACUUCCUUCGGAAAUUCAUCACGACGCUCGACGAGAGGUACGGGGGCGGCUGGUUUUUCGUGGGGGAGUUCUGGAAGGAUAGUCUGGACGACAUGACGCGGUAUCUGGAGCGCAUGGGGCGCAAGUUCUCGCUGUUCGAUGCGCCGCUGGUGUAUAAUUUCAGCCAGAUCAGUAAGGCGUCCGGGGCGGAUCUGAGGGGUGUUUUUGAGGAUACGUUGGUUUCGGUUAUGCCGGUGAAUGCUGUGACCCUCGUCAUGAACCACGAUACGCAGCCCUACCAAGCCCUCGAGGCUCCUAUCGAAGGAUGGUUCAAACCACUAGCUUACACUCUCAUCCUCCUCCGCGACACCGGAUACCCCUGUCUCUGGUACGGCGACCUGUACGGUAUAAAAGGAGAACACCCGUUCCCGCCCUCUUGCGGGGGUGCUUUACCCAAGCUAGCUCUAGCCCGAAAGCUAUACUCCUACGGAAAACAAGCCGAUUACUUCGACUAUGCCACGUGUCUGGGGUGGGUGCGGUACGGCACGUGGGAUAGAAGGUACGGCUGUGCCGUCGUGAUGAGCAACGCGGGGCCUGGCGAGAAACGCAUGCAUGUCGGCGAGAUGCACGCCGGAGAAGUGUGGACUGAUGUUCUGGGCUGGAGCGAUCGCGAAGUUACGAUUGGCGAUGAUGGGUUUGGUGACUUUGUCUGCGGCCAGACGAGCGUUAGCGUGUUUGUGAACCGAGACGCUGAUGGGAGAGAGAAGUUUGCUGAGAAAUUUGAUGAUAAUAUUUACGAGGAAUAGAACAGAAUAUAAUAGAUGGACGGGCGGGUGACUUUCCCUAGCUAAUAAACGGAGUCUAGGAAAAUUGGACUGGCUUUGGGUGUUCUGGUCUUCAGGGGUUCGGCUUAGAGUACAUACAUACCUACCUAGGUACGAUGUUAUCCUUUUAUAUCGACUAACGAGGCAUGUUUCAUGAAUACCUACAUAUUAUAUGAAGCUGAUAAACGAAGCCACGAGGUAUUGGUAAAGGGGAUCUCAGCAAUUAAAACUUAUCUUCAUGAGAAAUAUUUAGUAACGAUGUUUUAUAAUACAUACACAAGCUUCAUCG